UUAUGCCGUGACGACGCGACGGGUAUAUUGCUCAUUUCUUUCCCGGAAAAUCCACUCAUUAUUUAUUAAUAUCUAAUUCGUUUUUUUUAAAUAAAUAAAUAAAAUUCUCUUUUCUCUCUCUUCUGAAAAAUUGUGAGUCCUAUCAAAAUUGCAGAAACCCCACCGACGCUACCUUAGCUUUGUAUUCGAUCGAUUCAGUUUUUUUAUUUUAUAACUGGGGAAGCUGCCGUUGCAAAUGGCUGUUCAAAAUUUGGGUGGGGUUUAACUAUAUAGUUUGUUCCAAUGGCUAAAUUGAUGGGAGAAUGUUUAUGCUAGUGAUAACCAGUUCUGAUGAAACUUUUGGAGCUGGGAUUUACUGAAGAGGCUGAAUUUUUAUACCAAUGGGUUCGAGCUAUAUAGCCAUCUCGGCGCUCUGUACAGUGUUAAGCUUUGUUGGUCUCCAUUGGUGGACCGAAUCAUCUUUAGUCAGAUUGAAACCUGACGGACUAAUUAGUGAGAAUUAUACCUCUGCUGGGAACGACAACCAUGUAGUUGAUUUACUUUUGGGAUCAUAUACAACGGUUGCGCUGCUUGCUAAUUUUGUGCUCAAUGUAUUCGUUUUACUUAUUCUACUUCUAAAGACUAUAUUCUUUGUGGAGUUGUAUCCUUCUGAAUCUCGAAAGUUGGUGGAACGUCUUGUUAACUAUGUAAUAUAUAAGGGGACAUUUCUUCCACUCGUUGUUCAACCCACAAUAUAUCAUGCAAGCUUGUGGUCAAUUUGGUUGAUUGUUCUUUGUUGUCUAAAGAUGUUUCAAGCUUUGGCUAGAGACCGUCUUGAAAGACUAAAUGCAUCUCCAUCUGCAACACCAAUGACAUAUUUCCGUGUGUAUUCAGUAUUGUUGUUGGUUUUCUUUGUUGACGUCCUCUGGAUACAGCUCUGUCUGGUAAUAUAUAGAACUUUGAAUAUGUCAGUGUUUCUGCUGUUAUUGUUUGAGCCUCUCAGCAUUGCAUUUGAGACUCUUCAGGCUAUUUUGGUGCAUGGGUUUCAGUUACUUGAUAUUUGGAUCCAUCAUUCAGCAUGGAGUAGCUCAAAUUGUCAUAGAUUUAAAAUAUUUAACACAUCAGCAGCAGGUUCGUUGCUAGAAUGGAAGUGUGUACUCACUCGGAAUUUGGGAUUUUUUUUGGACAUGGCAACAUUGUUAAUGGCGCUUGGUCAUUAUUUGCAUAUAUGGUGGCUACAUGGCAUGGCAUUCCACGUGGUGGAUGUAGCCCUUUUCUUAAACAUCCGUGCCUUGCUAAGUGCAAUUGUAAAGCGUGUAAAAGGAUUUAGAAAGCUGAGAAGUGCUUUAGGUGCUCUUCAUGCAGCACUUCCAGAUGCAACGCCUGAAGAGCUCCGAGCAUAUGAUGAUGAAUGUGCCAUUUGUAGGGAACCUAUGGCUAAGGCGAAAAAGCUACACUGCAGCCACCUUUUUCAUCUUGCAUGUUUGAGAUCUUGGUUGGAUCAAGGUCUAAAUGAGAUUUACGCAUGUCCAACUUGUCGAAAGCCACUUUUUGUCGUUAGAUCUGAAGAAAGAUCUCAAGAUGAGGCAAAUCCAAGUAAUGCAGACAUUUUGAGUGAUGAACAGCUUGCUCGUCAAAUAAGUUCAGGACUUGAUAGACAAAAUACUGCUGGAAAUAUCCUACCCAAUCAGAUACAGAAUCAUACAGAAGGCGGUCCUUGGAGGAAUGCAGGAUUAGAUUCAAGUUGGUUGCACACUUGGCCAAAUCAGGGAAUUGAUGGAGCUGGUCCAUCUAAUGCUAUUAGAUCAGUGGGUUUGGGGAGAGUUCAGAUGAUGAUGAGGCAUCUUGCUUCUGUCGGAGAAACUUAUGCCCAGACUGCUCUUGAAGAUACUACCUGGAACCUGUGGCCUAUGAAUCCCUCUCAGGCUGCCCCAACGGUCCCACCAAUUCCUCCUGCUGCAGGUGGUAGAAACCCCAGAGGAACUGGAGGUUUACAUAUCAGGACUGCCUCACGUGCAAAUGACAACCUAGCAAACAUACUUGCCAUGGCUGAGACUGUGCGGGAGGUUUUGCCUCACAUCCCAGAUGACAUAAUUUUCCAGGAUUUGCAGCGAACAAAUUCUGCGACGGUUACUGUGAAUAACCUUCUCCAAAUGUGACCAGACCAGGCACAUAUUGUUAGAAGGAAGGAGCUUUGGAAGUCGCCAAGUACUUCAGUAGGUUUGGUUACUACAGGCCUCUCUCCCUUUGCCCUCGUUUUCCAUUUUCUUUUUUAUUUUCCUCUACUCAUAUUGUUGAGCUUCAUUCACUGUAUAUAUAGGCAGCUCACUAAUUUUAUGUACCAAAAGAAACGGGAAAAGAUACGACAGUAUAGCUCUCUUUUGUACCACCAGGUGCUGUGAAAAAUAAAUAUUAAAUGUAUCAUUUAACAUAAUGUAAAGUCCCAAUUUGCAGGCUGGAUCUGAUACGCCAACAUGUUCUACUCUUAGCAAGUUGGCAAAGGAAAUCUAGCUUGUUUCAUUUGAAUGGAUUGCAUGUUUUAAUGUAAAUUUUACAAGUUCUUGUUUGAA